CGCCCGCCUCCCGCGGGCGGCGGCAACAAAGGCCCUUCCCCGCCCCCGCCGCCGCCUCCCGCCGCCUCCCGCCGCCGCCGGCAGCGUCCUUGCGGCAGGAAGAUGCCCGGGGAGGUGCCGCCGCCGGCGCCCCGGGGGCUGCGGAGCCUCCCGCUGCUGCUGCUGCUGCUGCUGCUCAGCGCCCGCGCCGCGCUGGCUCAGCGCUGGCGCAAUGAGAACUACGAGCGGCCCGUGGACCUGGAGGGCUCCGGGGACGACGACCCCUUUGGAGAAGAUGAGCUGGACGACAUCUACUCUGGCUCUGGCUCGGGGUAUUUUGAGCCGGAGCCGGGGCUGGACACGGCCGUGAGCCUGACCACGGACACGCUGGUGACGCUGCCCACCACGGCGGCCGUGCUGCCCGUCACCGCUGCCCAGCCCGUGGCAACGCCCCUGGAGCCCUCCCCCAGCCCCCAGGACACCACCCCCGCGCAGGCCACCAGCGCCUUCCUCAUCCCCAGGACCACAGAAGCACCGGCGGUGCCCAGCUGGAAAGCCACCACCGCCAGCACCACGGCCAGCGAGCCCCCAACCACCACGGCCACCACCACCACCAGCACGGCCACCACCACCACCACCACCACCACCACCACCACCACGGAGGCCACCACGACCACAAGCAGCACCACCGUGGCCACGGCCAAGCCCACCACCAUCCAGAGGUUCCUGCCCCCCUUGGCCACCAAGGCGGCCACCACCCGGGCCACCACCCUGGAGACCCCCACCACGCCCGUCCCCGAAACCAGCACGCCGACAGAGGUGGCCACGUCACGCCUUGUCCCCACCAGCACGGCCAAGCCCAGGGCCCUGCCAAAGCCCAGCACCUCGAGGACUGCAGAGCUCCCUGAGAAAAGCACGGCCUUGCUGCCCACGGCCACCACGCUGCCGCCCACAGAGGCCCCCCAGAUGGAGCCAGGGGAGGUGACAACAGCCCCUGACAAGGAGCCGGAGGUCCCGGCCAGCAGCGGCCCCAGCGGGGACUUCGAGAUCCGGGAGGAGGAGGAGACGACUCGUCCCGACCUCGGGAACGAGGUGAUGGCUGUGGUGACGCCGCCGGCCGCGCCGGGGCCCGGCAGGAACGUGGAGACGGGGCUGAUGGACAACACGAUAGACUCGGGCAACUCGGCUGCUCAGCUGCCCCAGAAAAACAUCCUGGAGAGGAAAGAGGUGUUGAUAGCGGUCAUCGUGGGUGGCGUGGUGGGCGCCCUUUUCGCCGCCUUCCUGGUGAUGCUGCUCAUCUACCGCAUGAAGAAGAAGGACGAGGGCAGCUACACCCUGGAGGAGCCCAAGCAGGCCAACGUCACCUACCAGAAGCCCGACAAGCAGGAGGAGUUCUACGCGUAGACGGAGAGCCCGGAGUGCCUCACGCUUCCUCCCUCCCUCCCUCCCUGCUCCAAACCCUCCCCCUCCUCUCCUCCAUCCAGUCUCUCUCUCCUCCCUCCUCUCUCUCUUUUUUUGGGAUCAGACUGUGAAUUUUUAAAAGCAAAACCCACAGUGGCUGUAGGAGGAAACGCGUCCUUGGCAUGGGGGGCACGGGGUGCCCGGAGCAGCCCCGGGGUCACGCUGAGCACUGCUGAGGUGACACCGAGCAGCGCCAGGGUCACACCGAGCACCCCGAGGUCACACCAGGCACUGCUGAGGUGACACCGAGCAGCGCCAGGGUCACACCGAGCACCCCGAGGUCACACCGGGCACUGCUGAGGUGACACCGAGCAGCGCCAGGGUCACACCGAGCACCCCGAGGUCACACCGGGCACUGCUGAGGUGACACCGAGCAGUGCCAGGGUCACACCGAGCACCCCGAGGUCACACCGGGCACUGCUGAGGUGACACCGAGCAGCGCCACGGUCACACUGAGCACCGCUGAGGUGAUAACGAACACCCCGAGGUCACAUCGAGCAGCGCCACAAUGACACCGAGCAGCACCAAGGUGACACCAAACAGCGCUGAGGUCACACUGAGCACUGCAAAGGUCACAUCGAGCACCCCGAGGUGACACCAAGCACCCCGAGGUGACACUGAGCAGUGCCCGGGUCACACCAAGCACCCCAAGGUGACACUGAGCACUGCCAAGGUCACACCAAGCACCCCGAGGUGACACCGAGCACCCCGAGGUGACACUGAGCACUGCCAAGGUCACACCAAGCACCCCGAGGUGACACCAAGCACCCCGAGGUGACACCGAGCACCGCUGGCCUUUCUGCUGGCGGGAGGGACGGGACACGGAGCCGAUGCCAAGGAGCCGAUGCCAGGGCAGCCGUGCCCGGGAAUGCCCUGGAGAGCAGGGGAUGGGCUGCCCACGGAGCUGCCUGGAGCUCAGCUGGACUUCUCCCACCACGACCACCAGGAACUCUGGGAUUCAGACUCCUCCUGCCAGCCCUGGGGCACAGGGGGAUUGCUUUGGAUUUAUUGCCCUUUUUGUUCCGUCCAUAAAGGAAGGAGAUUUCCUUCCCUCUGUCUCGUCUUUAGUUUUUUUUUUGGUUUUCUUUUGGAAUGGGGUUGGCCGUUCUGCAGGAAUCCCCUCCUGCUGGAAGAGAGAACGUGACUCUCCAACGCUCCUGGAACCUUGGGAAAAGCACAAGGGGCUGGAAUACCUGGGAUUCACUCCUGGAGUGGGGAAAAAAGGAAAUAAAUACAGACUCUGGGGAUGAUCCCUUUGGAUCAACGUUCUGGAGCGCUUGUGGAGCUGCAUCGGGGCAUCCCAGGCUGCUGCCAUCCGGCCACCCCCUGGAACCCCUUGGAUCCGCAUCUGGCUGAGGGGUGUGGCCAGGAAGGGACUUGGCUCGGGCUGGGUUUUCACUGUGACCACUAAAGCUCGGCUUUGCGGGACAUUCCUUGGGGAGGAGCUGGGAAUGGAGAAGGUGAAUCCUCUCCCAGAGGAGGAUGGCAGAGCUCUGCAAGGCGUGGGAUGCAGCUAAGGAAGGAAAUCCAGCAGGGACCAUCCCUGUCCCUCAGGGUCCGGCAGGGAUCCCGCCGGCUCCAGAGGUGAGGAAGGGGAGGCAGAACCAUGGCUCAGCCCCAGGGCUGGUUGGAUCACUGGAAAGAUCCCAAAAUCAAUGGGAACACCCAGGAUUGAUGGUUUUCCUUUGCUUUUUGAAUCCCCAGGACUGAUGGUUUUCCUUUGCUGGUGUUUAAAUCCCAGCACAACCCACGGGGCCAGCGAGAACCCGACCUUGGCACGCCCCAGGUGUCCCCUCCGAGGCUGCCCAGGGUGCAGAUUAAUUAAUGCAGAUAUUUCAGUUGAGGUGUUUCAAUGAGGUGGCUCUUAAUUAGCUGGAGCCCUGUUUGUGGGGUUUUGUUGUCUCAAUGGUCGUGAUCUCGAUGGGGUCCCAUGGAAACUUUUGAUUUGCUCUUGGAACAAUUUAAAUGGGAAAAUUUGGGGGGAAAAAAAUCAUUGCUUUGUGAAUUAACCUGCACAGAGCCAGAGGGCUUUGGUGGAUUUAGGGUUUUAUGGCCCUGGUGGGGGUCACAAGACAGAAGAGCUUCAUUGUGGAGGGGAUUUGAGGCCAGGAGAAUAUUUUGAAUAUAUAUAAACACAUAUCUCCACUCCUGUACACCCACAGCAACACAGGUAUGGAAGGAAAUGAAAUCCCUGGAAUUUCUCAGUGCACUGGGAUGCUCACGUGGGAUUUGGAGUUGGGAAGUUGGGAGCUUUGGGCUGCUUUUCCCUGGGAUACAACCCAAAAUGAUGACCUGGCUUUGCUUCGGGAUAGGGAACAGAGCCCCGUGCAUGGAUCAGCUCUAAAUCCUCAUUUUUGAGCUGUCAGCCUCAAAACCCUCGUGGCUGAGGUUCUUGGAGCUUGGAGAAGGCCCUGCUGGAUGUGUGGGGUGGUGGUGCUGGGAGUGACCAUUUCCAUGUCCAUCCUGGAGGGAGGAUGAGGAUGAGGAUGAGGAUGAAGGAUGAGGAUGCUCCAGAGGAGGGAACACACUCAGAAGGAGCCUGGUGCCAACCCAGAGCCACUUUGUGCUGCCCCAGAGGGAGUUUGGACUCCUGGAUUUGAUGAUUUGGAGGAUUUUGGCCCUGUUGGGAUCACACAAAGGGGCGUGGCACAAGUCAAGGUCACCAAGGCCACCCAAAAUCCCCAUCUUUGGGGAAAACCUGGAUUUAAUCUUUGGAGCUUGCUUUAAAAAAAAAACCUCCCAGCUUAAUCUUUUUAAUGCUGCUUUUCAGAGCUGCCUCCUUAAUCUUCUUCAUUCCAUUUUUUCCUCCUAUUUAAUAGUCUGAAGUUCCCUAAUACAAUUUUUUUUACUCACUCAAGCUUAACCUCGUCCCUCUCAGCUGGUGUUAGGUUGUAAUCCCGGCACUUAAAUCCAUCACAGCUUCGGGAGUGAGGAAAGCUGGAGGUGGGAGGGUGAGAGGAGCCCGGGCAGGACUUUUGCAGUAAUUAAAAUAUGAGAUAAACACAAUAAAAAAAGGUGAAGGCAAUUAAACUGCUAAUCAGAAGUGAUGAAACAAUUCAUUGUUUAUCUCCUGCUCCCAUGCUUUUGCUCUCCACCUGGAGAGGGAUGUGAGCUCCAGGAGAAUUUUUUGGGCUUGGAGGCAACUUUUUGUGGUUGUGCAAUGAUGUCACAGCCUCUUGUGUCACCUCAGCUCCACGGGGCUGUCGGAGUCGAUGUUUGAGGGGGAAAAAAAAGCCUUGUUCUGGAGACUGUGACCCUGGGCCUCCCUCCAAGGAGCUGGGAUGGAGCUGAAUACGGGCAGGAGUUUUGGGGGAAGUCCAUCUCCCCAGAAAAUCCUGGAUAAAGCCAUUUCUCCAUGAGCAGAGCCACAGGGAUGGGUAAAACCCCGAGGGCCGGUGCCUGGCGCAGGUGGAGGCGGCUGCUCCCUCCUGCAGCCGCUCCUGCUCCGGGGCUUUUUGGGGAUUCCUGGUGGGAGCACGGAUGGGGGAGAGGCGAGGAGGCUCCACGUGGGAGGAGCCAUCCCCCAGAGCAGGAUUUUGGGAAAAUGAACUCCAGCGGGAGCGGAAGCGUCUCCAGCAUCUUCCCUUCCCGAAGGCGAGUGUGGCAUCGUCCCCUCUGCCCAAAUUCCCACCCCUCAUGGUGAUCCCAGCCAGGAACAGCUGGAGCAGUGCCCAGAUGUGCUGGUCCUUCCCCAGAUGUGCUCCCCGAGUGAUUUUUCCACAGCUUUUCCAUUUCUUUUCCGCCCAUUCCUGCGUGUGUGUGAUGUGCUGGAGCCGCAGGGAGAACCUCGGCUCUUCCAGCUGGAUAAUUUUAGGAGUUUCUGGAAUUGCAGGGUGGUGUGGGCUGCUCUGCCAGCUGUGCCAGCCUUGGGGCUCUCCCUGUUGGAAUUGCAGCAGGAGAAUGAUGGAGAAUAUCCAGCAGGAGAACAGCCAGGGACUCCUAGGCCACAUCCAAAGGGAAGGGAAGAGCAGGGAGCCCCAAACCAGGGCUGGAAUGGGGAGUUUGGGAAGGGCAGGACAUGGAAGGGGCCCAGCAGCAGCAGGACCCAGCCCUGGCUGGGUUUUGCAGGGCUGGGAGUUGUCCCUUAGCUCCAAAAGCUUCUCUGAUCUUGGAUCUUUCCUUGAAAAGCACCAGGCGCCUGUGGUGGGAUGGAGUUGUCCCUUAGCUCCAAAAACCUCUCUGAUUUUGAACCUUUCCAUAACGAGCUGUGCUGGGGGGUCCAGCUGCAGGGAAGGGGACGGGAAGGGGAUGCCUCGGGCUGGGGGACUGCCAGGAUGGGCUGGUUUGCCUCAAAUUUCUCCUCUCCCUCCCCAACUUCCCUGAAAAUCCCUGUCUGGGAGUUCCUUUGCCUCAUCUCCAGCUCCAGCAUUCCGAGCUCUCCCUGCUGUGAAUCCCCAGCUCAGUUCCUUCCACGGGAACAAACCCACCAGGCGAGAACUGGAAUGGAUUUUUAAAUUCCCCUUUUCUCCCGUAACCACCCUUGCCAUGAUCUUCUCCGGCUCCGAGGUUUUCUGCCAGGCUCUGAAGUAACUCUGAGCUUUCAGUCCAGAAAGGUUUGGUGGGAAUGAGCUCCCUGGGAUCCCCGGGAGCAGGGAUGGGGCUGUGGGAGCAGGGCUGGGGCUGGGGGUGUGUGUGUGUAUAUAAUAUGUGUAUGUAAUUAAUGUAUAUGUAGAGAUGUAUAGAGGGGCACGGGGCCAGGGGGCUCUGCUCCUGAGGGGGAAGAGGAGGAGGAAAAAGAGGAAAAGGAGGAGGAAAAAGAGGAAAAGGAGGAGGAUUUGUCCUCUAGCACCCCGUGCUGGGCUCUGCAGCCCUUGGCCCCUGUCCCAGGGAAUGUGGGAUUCAGCCUCAUUCCCAUUCCCUGUCCCAAGGGAUUCAGGAUUCCCUGCCCAAGGGAUGUGGGAUUUCCUGUCCCAAGGAAUUUGGGACUCAGCCUUGGCCCUGCUCCCAGGGGAUGUGGGAUUCAGCCUCGACUCCUGUCCCAAAGGAUUCGGGAUUCCCCCUCAUUCCCUGUCCCAAGGGAUUUGGGAUUCAGCCCCAUUUCCAAGGGAUGCGGGAUUUCCUGUCCCAGGGGAUGCAGGAUUCCCUGUCCCAAAGGAUGUGGGGUCCCACUCAUUCCCUGUCCCAAGGGAUGCAGGAUUCCACCUCUCCAAUUCCUGCUGCUCCUCCCUCCCCUCCCUGCCCUUCACAUCCCCCUGAUCCCAGUCCUGAUCCCAGUCCUGAUCCUGAUCCCAGUCAUGAUCCCGAUCUCGAUCCCAGUCCCAAUCCUGAUCCCAGUCCCAAUCUCAAUCCCAGUCCUGAUCCCGAUCCCAAUCCCAGUCCCAAUCCCGAUCCCAGUCCCGAUCCCGAUCCCAGUCCCGAUCCCGAUCACAGUCCCGAUCCCGAUCCCAGUCCUGAUCCCAGUCCCAAUCCUGAUCCCAAUCCCAGUCCUGAUCUCGAUCCCAGUCCCGAUCCCAAUCCCAGUCCUAAUCCCGAUCCCGAUCCCAGUCCUGAUCCUGAUCCCAGUCCUAAUCCCGAUCCCAGUCCUGAUUCCGAUCCCAGUCCUGAUCCCAGUCCCGAUCCCAGUCCUAAUCCCAAUCUCGAUCCCAGUCCUGAUCCUGAUCCCAGUCCUGAUCCUGAUCCCAGUCCUGAUCCCAAUCCCGAUCCCGAUCCCGAUCCCGAUCCCAGUCCCAAUCCCAGUCCUGAUUCCGAUCCCAGUCCCGAUCCCGAUCCCAAUCCCAGUCCUGGUCCUGAUCCUGAUCCCAGUCCCGAUCCUGAUCCUGAUCCCAGUCCUGAUCCUGAUCCCAGUCCUGAUCCCGAUCCCACUCCCGAUCCCGAUCCCAGUCCUGGUCCCAAUCCCGAUCCCAGUCCCGAUCCUGAUCCCGAUCCCAAUCCCGAUCCCGAUCCCAGUCCUGAUCCCGAUCCCAAUCCCAGUCCUGGUCCCGAUCCCGAUCCCGAUCCCGGUCCCAGUCCCGAUCCCAGUCCUGCUCUCAGUGGUUUGGGAUCAGCCGGGGGGGAUCAGGAGCCGUUUGCCGCGGUAGGGCCGGAGCAGGUCGGGGAUGGGAUCCCGGGGUGGAUCCAGCCCCCGCGAGCUCCGGAGCCCCCCAUUCCCUGUGCCGGCAGCUGCUCCCUCUCUGUGGGGAGCCUCAGUCUGCAGAGCUGAACUUUUUAUUUCUGUGCUUAUUUUUUCCCAUUAUUUUGAUUUUUGGGUUAAAAAAAAACAGACUUUUUUUUUCACACCCCACAUUCCAGCACUUCUCCCAAGACCUCCAGGGCUCCAGGGAUUUUUCCUGCAGGAAUUCCCCCCGUUCAGGGUCCCCCUGGCCGAAGUCACCCCAGCCCAGCUGACAAUCAAACCAGACUCCCGAAAAACAGGAAUCCAUUGCAGUUUGAUAGAAAAACUUUUUAAAAUCCUCCCCUUCUCUCUCACCACUGCAUCUCCAGGAUAAACCAUCACCCACUGCUCCUCCUGUAAAUAAACAUCAAACCUUCUUGUAUAAAUUAAAAAUAAAAUAAUUUUAAAAAAAGACAAAAAAAAAAAUUCCAUUGAUAAACAUCCCAAAAAUAAAAUUAAAAAAAAUCUCCCUUUCCAGAAGAUUGAAGUAAUUCCAACUUCACUUUUUUUUUUUGGAGCUGAUUUCCAAUCCCCAUAGGAGAACAAAACAAAGAUCUGGAACACUGCAAAUGUUGGAGCUUUCAAUGAAUCCGGGAGGGAAAAAAAAAAUGCAUGUAAAUAUUUUUAAUAGGAGACAUAUCUUAAACAGAACUUUUUUUUUGUAUGUACAUAACUCUCCUAGAGUUUAGUACUGAAAUGGCUUCAUAGUGUCUGUUUCAAAAAGGAAAGGAAAAGAAAAUGUUUGUUAAUUGUUUUUGUUCUUACUCAAUGGCCAAAACUUUAAAAAUAAUGACAAAAAAAAAAAAAAGAGAA